AUGUCAGAGAUUACCGGACCUGACGAGGCUUGCCUGAUUCACCAUUUGCUGUAUGGUACAACACUCUCUGUGAAAGUGGGUGCCAAUUCAGCGGAGGCGUUUGUUAGCACGCUAGGUACACCACAGGGUGAUGGGCUGAGCCCGGUUCUGUUUGUUUGCUAUCUGGAAGCAGCACUGAGGGAGACUCGAAGCAAACUACCACCACGGCCAGACACUGAUGCAGCAAUACCACAGGAAACAGGAUAUGCCGAUGACAUUUCCUUCUAUUCGACUGAGCGACAAUGGCUUGCCAACUCCCUACCCGUGAUAGCUGACGGCCUGGGUGACUGGUCACUCAACGUUAACAGCAGCAAAACAGAGUGGCUUCACAUCUCUGCCUCCACCACCGAAUGGCGAAGAUCGAAGCAACUUGGCUAUCUCUUGGGGGAAGAGGAGGACUUGAGCCGACGAAUGGACCAAGCAUCAACAUCGUAUGGCCGCAUGUAUUCGCUCUGGAUACGACGUCAACUUGUAUCCGAGGAAACCAGGCUUCGUCUCUACAAUGCCAUCGUCCUACCAACACUGUUAUACAACUGCGAAACCUGGGGACUGACAGAGGCUGCACUGGAGAAGCUGAACGCCUUCCAUAGACGUCAACUACGGAACUUGUUCGGAAUUAGGGAAGGCCAACGCCACCCCGAGAUCUUCACGCGAGUCGGUGAUCUGGACGUGGAGCACCAGGAUCUGCAGAAGGGAGCCCUGGGCUUGGACGAGUGGAGCUUGCCAUACGACAUUGGGAACGACAAGGUCACA